AACGAUGAUUCGCGAGUGAUCCGGAAGUGUAGCACUGCUGUCGUCGAAGAUGGCUGCAUCAUGAGAGCCUCCCAUGAAGAUGGCCGGAUCGGCUACUGUCAUUGCUCAACGGAGUUGUGCAACUUUGCUCCCUCAAUUUUCUUUGCUCCCAAGACCUAUCUUGGUGUCCUGUUAGUUCUACUUUUAUCUUUUUAG